GCUCAACGCUGUGCCUCGUCGAGAAGCAAAAGCUGAAAAUCCAAUUUGUUGUAAAAAGCUAAAGUCAACAAAAACACAAACAUUGAAAAACGUCUCAUCAACGGUAUCGAUGUGAACUUUUAACCACUAGAAAAGCAAACCCGUAACCGAACUGUGAUAACGUAAACAGCAAUUGACAUACACACCUGAAUUUAAAAAGAGAGACAGGCACGUCAAAAGUUGCCGCAUAACCUAAGCUGUGAUAAAUUUGCAUACAAAAAUAAAUUAGUUAACAUACGCGUACACAUAUAUAGCCGUGAACUUGAGGUCCCACAAGAGUCUGGAGUCAUGAGUGGAAUGGCUAAUAUCCAGCAGCAGCAGUGGGCCGACUCCACCUCCACGCCAGAGGGCCAAGAAGGCGACCCAAUGUUUAGUAGUAGUAUCGUUAGAAGAGAGUUUAAUGAUAGUGGAAUUGCUGGAUGUGCUGAUGGUAAAUUCCGCACCAUCUCGACUUCGUCUUGCGCCACCAACAUGUCAACUGACUCUUACCGCAUCUCUCUCGGUGUAGGGCCUCUGUGGUGGUCCGAUGUCCCUGUCCACCACAGAACAGAUCACGAUAGGGCAUCGCUCUUAACGGGCUAUAGCCGUAAGUCCUCGGUCGACUCGGCUGGUGGCAGCUUGUUUCACGCCAAUUCUGGUUCAUCGUCAUCAUCGUCCUCAUCAUCGGAAUGCUCCGACUCCAAUAACGACAUCCACUCGUUGUAUUCGGAAGACGAUUGCCAGGAAGUAGUGCGCCAGAUCUUGCAGCAUGACCAGCCCGUGCAAAUUUCCAUCAAAUUGCACGUUACCGAAGAUCAAUACACCAAUUGGAUGUCGAUUUUGAACCCGGUCAACAAUAUGCUGUAUGUCGCCCUUCCCAUGGAUCUACCACCAGCUGGUUCAAAGCAAACCUUCAUCUCAUUGUUGGAAUUCGCCGAGGACAAGUUGGAAGUAGAUGGAAUCGUUUUGGCUAUGAGCAAGAAUCAACCUGAUUGCGCUCGUUUGAUUGAAGCAUUUCUGUUCAUGGGAUUCGAGCCGCUGUCGAGGAAAUCACCAAAGGCACCACCAGCUGCCGCCAAUGAUAACGAAAACUACUAUUUUCUAUAUACAAUCGAGGAGUAAACGGAAACGUUGACAAUUGUUGCGCAUCACGCAAAUUUCAGCAACUGCUAAACUCAAUAUAAAAUCAUAUUAACUUACAAUAAUCAAUUUAUCUGGCAUCAAUAACAAUUUAAAAUUUCAAUCAGUAGAUUAUCAAAACAAUCGACAUAUUGACCCCAAUGUGUUCAAUGAAAGUAAAAGAUUUAAACCAUAGUUGUCUCAUCAUAUACCAAAUUGUUACAAAUCUGUGAACGCGCCUUUAUUCAUGGUAGUUUUUCGAUUAUGUCGCGUCUAUUAAAAAAGAAAAGAGGAAACUUUGCGUUAGCCACGUUAAGAGCAAGCUUAAAUUGUCGUAUAUUAUUACACAAUCAUAAUCAAAAAAAAUAUAAAAAGUAAAAAAAAAAUACAAAAUCAAAAAAAAUUAAAAAAAAAAUUAUACUUAGUUUAAAACCCAGAUUCCAUUGAGCUGCAAAUGUAACUUUAUCUGACAUUUUAAUCCUAAGAUGUCUGCACAAAACGCGGUUAGUGAUUGAAAAGCCAGUUGUAGAUGCGGUUGUAACUCGAUGGAAGAAAGGGGGAAGUUUAUUUGUGAAUUAUUAUUUAACAAUAUUUAUGUAUUUUCAUUGUGUAUUUCUUUUUCUUUAAUUUUCCACACAAAUUUAUGUAAAUUGUACUUUGUUAUUAAAUAUUUUCCCUUAAGCAAGCUACAUUCAAAAUCCCAAGAUUAAGAACAUUUUAUAUAAUUAUACAAGUACGAGAAUAAUAUUCGCUAAACACACCUUUUAUCUACAUACAUAAUACAUACAUAUAACACAUUUAUCAAGCAAAUACAUAUACAAAAAUAGAUCUAUAGGAAUACGAGUAAAUAAACUUUCAAAUCAAUAGAUAACACCAGCAAGCAAUAAGAAUUAGCCUUUUUCUUUUUAUAUUGUAUGGUUUAAAUGUUCAUGCAAUAAACUAUAUAUACUAUAUGGGCAUUUCCACAGAAAAGUCCACCAUGACCGAAAAAUUAAAAGUUAA